UUCAUAGAAACACAGGACAAAUUAGCUGGGAUUUGAUCAAUUUUAAGUCAAUCACAACACAACCUCUUCAAACUCUCUCACUUUCUCUCUCCUCUCUUCUCUCCCAAUUUCUCCCCUGUAAGAGUAACUUCACCGACUCGCAUCAAAUUCAAUUCAAUACCCACCCAAUCACCAACAGCCACUUCAUCUUCUUCCUCAUAUAUCAACCACUCUCAAUUCUUCUUCAAUCCACCGUUAAAAUUUAGAGAGAGAAAAUCCAUCAAACAAUCAAUUAAUUAAACAUGGGUAGUAGAGAUCCAGAGAAGAGCAGAAAUGUUAACGUGAAUAACAUUAAUUACUCAAAUCAGUCGAAUUACCCAGUUGCAGCAUCUGCGUAUCUCAUUGAAUCUUCUGCAAGACAAUGGACAUCUUGGUUGGUACCCAUGAUUGUUGUUGCAAAUGUUGCCAUGUUUAUAAUUGUUAUGUUCGUCAACAAUUGCCCUAAAAAUAAUUUUGGGUUUAAUUCUUGUGUUGCUCGAUUUCUGGGUCGCUUCUCUUUUCAACCUCUUAAUGAGAAUCCUCUUCUCGGCCCUUCUUCUAACACAUUAGUGAAACUGGGGGCUCUUAAAUGGGAUAAGGUGGUACAUCAGCAUGAAGGCUGGAGACUCAUUACAUGUAUCUGGUUGCAUGCUGGUGUAAUCCAUCUCCUUGUGAAUAUGUUGAGUUUGGUUUUCAUUGGUAUCCGCCUUGAACAACAAUUUGGAUUUGUGCGAAUUGGAAUAUUAUACCUGUGUACAGGUAUUGGUGGAUCUGUAUUGUCUUCACUUUUUCUCCAACAACAAAUUUCUGUUGGAGCCUCUGGUGCUUUGUUUGGACUACUUGGUGCAAUGCUUUCCGAGCUCUUUACUAAUUGGACAAUCUAUGCAAACAAGGCCGCUGCGUUGUUCACACUUAUAAUCAUGAUCGCAAUCAACUUGGCAGUCGGGAUCCUUCCUCAUGUUGACAACUUUGCACACAUUGGAGGAUUUAUAUCAGGAUUCCUAUUUGGGUUUGUAUUACUCUUACGUCCUCGAUUUGGGUGGCUGGAGCGUCACGAAAUGCCAGAACAUGCACGUGUGAAAUCCAAAUACAUGGCAUAUCAGUUGGUGUUAUUCGCUAUUGCCGCAGCGCUGCUUGUAGCUGGAUUUACUGUUGGAUUGGUAAUGCUCUUCCAAGGGAAGAAUGGAAAUGACCAUUGCAAAUGGUGCCGUUACCUGAGCUGUGUGCCAACUUCAAAAUGGAAGUGUGGAAACUGAGAAGAAAAUGUCAGAUUCUCUAAUCCCCUUCUUUUCUAUGCGUUAAUAUAUGUUCGCUUCCACGUUAGUUUCAUGUUUUUUUUUUCCUUCUUUCUCCGCUUUCGGUUUUGGUUUUUAUAGAUGGAUAUCGGUUAUCAUUGUACAUGGAGUAGUAGAUAGUGAUACGUAUACCUGUUUUUUUUUUUCCUUUUCUUUUUAAUCGGUGUGUUUAUAGAAUGAUUUAUUAAAUGGAAAGGUGUGUAAUUGUUGUCUUAUAUCACUUAUAUGUUGUGAAUCAGCAACAGUGUAACAUCUUUUUUA